CGAGAGUCUGGAUAAGAGUACUAGUUUCAGUAAUAUGUCAACUGCAGCGAAAUAUUACAACAACAUUCAACCCUGACAGCACCUCAGCCGUCAUGUGACUAUUAACCAAUGAAACGAGAUGAAACCGAAAACAUUUCCUCACGUGAUAAAUUUCCUGGCUAAUAUCCUAGUCGUGACGUCGAUUACUUAAAUGUGAAAGCAAAACAGAGUGACUCGGCUUGGUGUGUUCCUGGAGGCUGUAAAGUGUAAAGAGUAGUAUAUUCGAAAGUGGUUCUUCUGACUAGGAAUAAAACGGUGGUUGGAAUAUAAAUUUAUUUAAUAGUUAUUAUAUAAAUAUAAGGCUUAUUAUUAAAUAAUCCAUUGGUUCUGAAUCAGUGACUGAGGGAAUCGUUUCGGAACCAGUGAAUGUCAAUUCUGAGGCACUACGGCUACGGUGACUACAGUAUAUACAGAUCACAGUGAAGUGUGUGUGUAGAUAACAUUCACAAGAAAUUAUUGAUAUUUAGACUAGUAGGUGUUCCUCGUUUAUGGCUUCUGAAGACAUGGAUUUGCCAUCAAACAAUGUUAUUCCUAGUUUUUCAUUUUCGGGAUGUGGAUUUUUAGGUGUUUAUCAUGUCGGUGUCGCAGCGUGUUUAAGAGAUCAUACAGAUGUUAUUAAAAGAAACGAAAUCAAGUUUGCCGGUGCCAGUGCUGGGGCACUUGUCGCUACGACAUUAUUAUUGGACAUAAACUUUGGUACGUAUACAGAGGUUUUUGUUUUUUUAAACUGAAAUACAUUUAAACUUAUUAAUUUUGUUGCAUCACAUCAUUAGGUCAAUUUACUUUUAAUGAUAAUUUCAUUCAGCUACCAACGAUAUGCCAUGCUAAUGAUGAUUGAAACAUGUUGGUGGUCUGUUAUUUUCCCAUUGGUUAAAAAUGGGGUGUUGACUACAAUAGAGGUUGCCAUUGGCUGGAAUUCGGUCAGACGGUCGAGUACGAAACGCCCCAGUGACCCUUAACUGUAAAAUACCCGUAAUCAAAUGUUACCAUUGUGGACAUAUAUAUAUAUAUAUAUAUAAACUUAGGGAAUACUAGUAAGACCAACCGACCAUUGUCACUAAUGUCAAUGUUAUUUAAUAUCACUUAAUAAGUCUGACAUAAGACAGACUAGGCCUAGGUGCUCUAGUAAUAAAACUACUAGACUAGAUGGAGUAUAUUAUAAAGUAAAAUACAUAUUCAUAUAUAAAUUAUAUAUAACGAGUUAUGGGCCAUGACCAUGAGUCUGGAGGGAGGUGGUGUAGCACUAAUUGGGAUUCUUAAGACUUAAGUCAUUGACUUAAAAAGUGCAUCUCUUGAGUGCAUGCUCAUGAAAAUGAAUGCUUUUUCAAGUAACUUUACUUUAGUAAAUGCCAGUAAAUGGGAAGUUCGCGCAUCGCCGCUUGCCAACUAGUAAGUUAUAUAUAUAUAAAUAUACCAUAUACUUUCUUUCAUAAUCAUAGUAAAUUUUAUUAUUAAAUUAUAAUUCAUACCUUGAACUUGAAUGAGGCUAGAGUAUUUUAACUAUUGAUGGAUUAUUUAGGCUACUAAUAGUAGUAGUAGUAGCCUAUACUAUUAGUAUUAGUCUAGUACCAGUAUUUUUAUUUAUUCGGGACCUUGACCUAGGCAUAAUUAUUAUAAUUUAUAAUAAGGCUACCGGAAUUACCGUUAUUAUUAAAAUUUAAUACUAACGAGCUUUUAGCUAGUUUUGAAACUAAUCAGACUACUGACUUAGUUAUUAGUAGUAGAAGUAGAGCAUAAAUUAAAUGAGAAAUGUGCAUGAGGCCCAGAGAGAGGCAAAGUGCCUUUUAAAUAUUUCUUUAGUUAAUUUAAUUAAAGGAGGCCACUCAGUUCAACUUUGCCCCCCAAACACAGACGCACACACAAAACGCCAACUGAAAAUAUUUUUCAGGGUUCAUAGUCCACUGGGUCGCUGAUAUACAGUAAAUCUUAUCCCAAUAAUAACGCCUAAUACUUUGAUUUGUUACAUGCUGUAAUACUGAAGUCCACCCAUUAACUAAACUAUCCUUCCAUUUAAACAAACUACACAGUAAACAGUUCAUUUACAAUUUAUCUAACAAUUUGUUUGUUUCUAAUUCUUCGAGUAAUUUUAAAAAUUUAUUAACCCCCUUUCCAUAUCUGUUAAAAAAUUGCAAUAAUAAUUACUUUUUCCUAACAAAAUUUAUAUGAAUGGUUAGCACAUCUACUCACUCACCAAAAGGGUGUAGGUACUGUCAUACUGACCCCCAAAUAACAAGCUUAUUUGAAUUAAUUAUAGAGAAAAUUUUCUCAAUGGCAAAAAUUAAUUUGCAUCUUAAUUCCUAAACAAACAAUUUUUAUGAGCCAAUUUAAAAAAAAAAUAUCAUUACAUUGGGAUAGGAUAUUUGCCCAUGUAUUUUUUAGCAAACUUAUACUUAUGCUAUUAAAUAUAAUUUGCUUUAAUUUUUUUCAUCCAAUUUGUUUUUACAUUUGAUUUCCUAGUGUCAUUUUGACAAUAUUAAUUGCAGGUGAAAUGACAAGGCUGCUCUUAAAAGUUGCCAAUUCAGUUCGUAACAAGGAACACUUAGAUCUGGCUCAGAUGCUUAAAGAGCUUAUGAAUGAGUAUCUCCCAGACGAUGCUCAUGAACGUUUAACAGGACGACUAUAUGUGUCAGUAACUAUUCUCAGAGGAUUAGAAUGUGCACUCAUCACAGAUUUUCACUCUAAAGAUCAUUUAAUUCAGGUAGGCUAGUACACUAACUUAAAGAAUAAAAAGAAAAUAUGAACUCAGGUCCAGAAGUUUUUGUGAACAUUUCAUAGCAGAACUCCUUACAAAAAAGAAUCAGUUUGAUCACUUUUCAAAUUUAAUGUAUGAUGUGUUCUUGAAUUAUAUAGGAUAUGAUGCAUACAUAAUUGUUAAAAAAAUUCAAUAGCAAUUUAAACAAGUACUAGGAAGAUGCAUACUAAAGGAAUAUAGUUUAAUUUAAGAGCUUUAUAAUUAUCCGUUGAUUUCUUUUAUUCAAGACAUGCUUUUGAAAAAUCAGCCUGUAGACACCACAUUUUAAAGAAACAUAGAAGUUCUUGAUGUGGUGCAAUAAUGUCUAAAUUUAUUAUUUCUUUCAGUGCCUUAUAGCUAGCUCAUUUGUUCCUGGCUUUAUUGGAUGGAUUCCUCCUGGUUUAGAUGCAGAAGAUUUUAUUGAUAUUGACAAUGGAGUUCUAUUACCAUCUGGUCUUGAUGGGAACUAUAGUCUAGACUCUAGUGAUGAAGAUGACUAUGGAGAUUGCAAAUAUGAAUCAAACCGACAAAAGGUAGGAAGAUAACGUGAAAUGAAUUUUGAAAGGACAUUUCACUAUUGCCACAGUAAAUUUACAUUGUUAUUUUGUAAUUUAAGGGUACAGUGAUCAGAAAUGGAAAAUCUCUUAUAGGUUUUAUGCUUUGUAGCACUACAAGUAUAAUUGGGGGGGGGGGGGGGGCCACUUGCUUUUCUUAACAAAACAUUAAUGAUGUAACACAUUAUUUAUGCACACUAUUUCUUUACAAAGUUAAUGUUGAACAGUCUGUCCUCAUAAUCCUUACAAGUUAUUCUGGCACAACAGUAACUUAACACUGUUUGAACUUUAAAGUCAAAUAACUAAUACUUUCUUGAUUUUCUUUUGAUUUUUUGCUACAUAGCCAAUGUGUUCAAUCAUAUGAGCUACUUAGUUUUAUAUACUAAUUAUGUGUUGUUGUUUUUCAGUUUAAUGACAACAACUUCAUUUGAAACAUAAUUACAUUGUAAGAAAACUCUCUAUCUAAUCUUAUAGGUAUACAGUACACCCACUAUGUGGGAUGUCUGUGGCUAUGAUAAUGACUGCCAAUACAAAGAAACAAAACAAUGCAAGGACGGAAGUGGGGUAUGUCAUAAAAUUGAUUAUUUUGUAUGAGAUUGCUCUCCAAAUGAUGUUAAUAAGAUUUAUUUUGUCUUGAUUUUCUAUAUUUAAACAGUUUCUUUUCUUUUUCUUUAUUUUUUUUUUAAAUUUAAAAGGACCAUUUGAAGUUUGAAUUGCAUGUGGAGAAAAACAUAGAAAAUUUUUUUUUAAAUUAUGAGCCGUGAGAUUUACAAUGUUGACAUUAAAAAGUCAGCACAAACAACUCAAAUUAAAACUACACUACAUUCAAAUAGUUUUAUUUUUCUCGUACUCAUUAGGGCCAAAGUCUAAAUGUUACAUUUUGAUUUAACUAGGGCUAUCUUAACAGACUUGUCAAGUUGUGCUUUAGAAGUAUACAAACAACAACACGUGCGGUUCGGAAUAUGCCAAUGGCUUCCCAGAUUAUUGACAGUGUUGUGCCUGAUGGUUUCUGCCUGGAUGGUUUCAUGGAGGCUUUAUUGAUGGAGAUGGUCUCAAACAGAGUGAGGCUUUAUUUUGUUAACAUUGUCUCAAUGAUAGAGAUGGCUAUAAACAGUGAGGCUUUAUUUUUUUAACAGUGUCUCAAUAAAACAAAGAAUUAAAAUAAUUUUAAAACUGUCAGCUCUAGUUAAUGUGAGUUUAAAAGUAAUACAUUGUAUUAAAAGACACAAACUAUUUGUGCAAAUAAUAAGUUUAGUAGCUUUAAUAAAUUGGCAAUAUAAUAAUAAUAAGAGGUCUUAUAUAGCGCGGUACCGCAGCCUGGGGCUGGGCUCACCGCGCUGUACAUAAAAAUAUUAUGAAAAGAAACAUAAUCAUGACAUUAAAAUAAAAUACAUUUAUGAAAUAAAGAACAGCAAUGUAUAUUACCCACCCCACCCCAUAACUUUUACAAGGCAAACCAUGGACGGCAGCCAGCAAGAUCGUUUAUCGAUCAGAGGAGGGGAAUCAGUCAGGAUAGUAUAAUUUAAAAAGAUAUGUUUUGAAUGCAGUUUUGAAGGCCUAGGUGGUUGGUAUAUUGCGUAUGUGUAGUGGCAAAGAAUUCCAUUGUUUGGGGGCGCAGAAAGAGAAAGAUCGUUCAUCAUAUGUUUUAGUGUGUGUCUUGGGAAUGGACAGAAUAUGCGUGUCUGCAGAGGAGCGAAGCUGUCGAAGGGGUGAAUAGACAGAAAGAAGUUCGGUUAGAUAGGAAGGGCAGGAAUCCAAGAAAAAGUUGUGACAGAGAACAGACAACUUGUAGUCAAUGAAUGCGUGCCUGUAUAGGUCGCCAAUAAAGGGAAGGUAAAAAGUACAUGAAUUUAAAUUUACAUAUCUUUAUCCUGUGUACUUAAUAAAAAGUUAAGAACAAAGUAAAAGGAUGGGGGGUCAAGUCCACAUCAGACCCUAAUAAGAAAAAAGGACAUUUGUGUGAAAAAAAUCAAUAAAACAGGAAAAAAUAUCACAACUAUAGAAUGGCUAAAUUUAAAAAUGAUCAAUAAAGUAAAACAUAAUUUAUACUAGAUAAAAAAAUAUUGACCAUUAUUGUUUGCAGUACACUGUUCUAGAUGGUGGCUUUUCAGACAACAUUCCCUGCUUUGACAACAAUACCAUCACGAUCUGUCCAUUUGCUGGUGAGAGUGACAUUUGUCCACGGGACCUUACUGCCUUAGACUUAAACGUAGACUUCAGUCACACCAGCCUGCAAGUUAGUGGGGAUAACAUCUUCAGACUGAAUCAUGCUCUAAACCCCAUGGCUCCUGAAAUGCUACUGAAACUUUGUGAAGAAGGCUAUAAUGAAUGUUUGCGCUUCUUACACAAAAAAGGUAGAAUUUGGAUUUCUUAUACACAACUAUUUCACUCAACAUGUAAUAAUUUAAUAUUAUAUUACAUUUUUUUUUAAAAACGGUUCUGCUCUAUUUUCUGCUAAUGCAUUUUAAAAACAUUUAUUUAGGCUUUUCAUGUUUUGGUUAUUAUUCAGACAGUAAAAUGAGUUAUUUAGAUGUCUGUGAUUUGAAACUAGUAAUUAUUUCCAUCUAAAACAUAAGGGGAAUAACUUCCCAUUAUCUUUACAUUCAAUGACUGCAUUACGAUUAUGGGUUAACAGAAGCUUUAAUAUACUGAUAUUUGACAAUUCCCUCAAAAAGUUUUAGCCUAUUACAUUAAUUUAACAUUUAAAGUUGAUAGGUUGUUUUUUUAUUUCAUAUACAGACUUGCUCAGCUGCAAAAAACAUCUCAUGACAAGGGCAACCAUAUCUUCUUCUCCGUGCAAUAUUGGCCAUGCUCACUGUCGAUGCAGGUUGUGCUUGGCCGCUGACACAAAAAUUAGAACCUCCUUAUCUUGUGGUGAUUGCCAUUUACAGAAACGGAAGGCACUUAACUCAGUAUUGCCUUUAGAUGUGAGAAAUGGUGAGAGUGAUUUAUCUGUUUUUAUACAAUAUAACUUUUUAAAAAAAAUUAAGUUGUAUCUUUUAGUUUAAGGCUUCCCUUUAUGUUGUUGUAUUUUCUGUACUGGUUCAUUUUAUAUUGUACUAUCUUUUUAAAAAAGAAUAUUUUCUAAAUUUAUAAUUGCAACACUUUCUACAUACACAGAAUGCACCAUAAACAGAAUUAAUCUUUUAAUAGUGUCAGUACUGAUACUGAUAUUUGGCAAACUGUUGCCAGUUAUAUUAUCUUAAAAAAUGUCUCACUUUAAAGCCAUGGCAUGAGGCAUCAGUUUAGUUUGGUAGAAAAUGUUUCAUAUUUGUUUGAAAGGGGAUCCCUAAAAAUGUGGCCACUGUUUGUAUUCAUUAAGAUGAAACGUGUCAAUAUAAUUCUCUGCACUGAGUUUUUAAAAUGGAAGUUGUGGCUUUACAUUGCAGCCAUCUUCUUUUCUCUUCUUAUUCCAAUAUUUCAAAAUAGGUUGACGAUACACCAAAUUAUUAUAGGUGAUUAUGCCCCCUGAGACUAUAAUGUAUUACUGAAUUUCAGCUUUGUACCAAAAUAUAUAAAUAUUUAUUGUUCACCUGAGGGCUAAUAAAAAGUUGGUGAAAAGGGAGCUAGGGCUCUUCUCUGCCUAGAAUUGUAUGUUUUAUUAUCAUAAUCAUUUACUCACCAUUACCUUUCAACAAACACAUGCUGUCAUAUUAGCAUCUGUAAACCUCCCAUCCAUUAUGAAAUGGAUGUGUAUAAAAUCACUGCCCAGAUACCUUCAAGUAUCUGGCCAGAAGAACGCUCAGGAUACUCAACCUCUUAUCAAUUUGAAGAGGGCUGAUGUAUGGGGUGGACAUUCUGGACAUUAAGCAGCUCUGUCCACAACAUGACAGAACAAGCUGCCAAGCAUCAAAUUUAGUGGGGCCUCUGCCAUCUGUUUUAUUUGUGUUUUUAGAAAGGGCUUCAGGUGAACUUAAAUUUGGUUUCCUUAAUAUUUUAUGAAAUUGUAAUGGUUUGCUAUUUAUCAGUAUUUAAAGAAUCUUACAGUUUUUAUUUUUUGCCAACCCUGUUUCUGCACAUGAAAUCUCAUGAACAUUUCACAUUGCAAUACUUUUUUAAUGAAAUAUGUUUGUGAUUAAACUAAUCAAGUAUUUCCACUCUAUAAUGUUAGAAGUUUCCCAUUACAAAAAAUAGUUAUGAAAAUAUUGACUUAAGCACAUAAAUUGUUUGUAAGGUCAACUCAUCUGUUUUUUCCUUUAUUUAAAAUAAAUGAAGUUUAAGACAUAUUUAUUUUCUUCUACUAACCAUAAAAAAUUUCAGCAAGUUAACCUCCUUUGGAGAAAAUAAUUUUUCUUAAAGUUUGCUAGUUUCAAUUUGAUAAAGUUUCUUUUUUCAUCAUUUUAAAUCUAGAAUUUGACAAAGCAAUCGAGGAGUAUAAAAAACAGAAGAGCCAUAAGUCUCAAAGUGAUACACACUGGAGUAAACUCGUGUCUACUCUCUGGUGGUGUGCAGAGAAAAUGUAUUCUGGAAGUAUACGACUGACAGAUCUUUCGAUGGAGUAAGUUUUAAUUUAUAUUUGUAUUCUUCUUGUGUUACUUUUGAUCAAAAGAGCCUGCUGAUGAUAUCAUUAAAAUUAUUAUAUUUUUAUUUGUAUCCAUAAAGAAGUACUGUGAUAAAAGGGAAGUACAGUGUUAAAAGAGUGAAGUACAGAUUGUAUCAAAGGAUGUUUCUACAUAUGUUAUUGAGUUAACCCUUUAUUUUACACUAUAAUCAAGUUGCUGUAAACAUUACUUUUUGAGAUGUUGACCAAUUAUACAGAGUGCUUUUCAUUUCCUCUCCAAAACUUCCACCCUCAAACCAGCAUUGGAGAGGGGUUUUUUUUGUUGUUUUUUUUACCAACUCAGGAAUUUCAGUCAUCUGUAACCUAGAGUAUUUAUAAUAAUGUGUCAUCAUUAGUUCUGUCUCUCCAUUUAAACAAAAAUUACCAAAUUGUUAUAAUUUUAAGUCUUAAGAAUUUUUCUUGAGUUUUUAUAAAAAUAGAUAUAAAUUACCCCAAUGGAAUAUCCCUUCUGAAACUUGUGUUGUUGUUUAUUGACAGCUUCCAUAUUUGGUUGAUGAGAGUUUGGGACAAUAUAGCCUGCUUUACAAAGUUUGCUAUCUUGCCACUAGGAAAAAAGCGGAAACUUGUCAGACAUCUACUAUCUUCAUUAAAACAGUCAAUGGGAAAAGCGUAAGUUACAGCUUGAGAUGGAGUUUAGCUAUCUAUACUAAAUAACCCAGUUUGUAUAGUUUGCUUUGGAUCUUUAUACCAUACUUCUUGUGAUCACUUUUAAGUCAUUUAAAAUAAAACAAGUAUUUUAAAUUUAUGAGAAAUGAAUAACCUCAUCAUACACUUCAUUCUUUUCUUUUUUUUGAACAAACUUUUUUGUUAAGUGAAUCAUCUCUUUAUUUAGCAACAUAUCUACAUAACAAUUGAUUUCAACUGAAACAGCCUGACUUGCCAGUGAAUGUUAAAUUUGAUGUUAUUUUGUGUAAAACAGGUCUAGAAGCAGGAGUUCAAGAACUAGCCCCAUCUCAAACACGUCGGUGUGCGGUUAGAGACAUUGUGUCUUUAAACUGCAUUGGUUCAAUUUUCGUCCAAAGCAUGGCUGCCAUCAGACUCCUUUCAUUAUCAUCCUCUGGGACAAAAACACUGCAUCAUCUAGAAAAGCUGUCAUAACUUUGACAAAUCUAGCAGGGAACCUCACAUCAACUAGAACAGCUGUCAUAACUUUGACAAAUCUAGCAGGGAACCUCACAUCAACUAGAGCAGCUGUCAUAAUUUUGACAAAUCUAGCAGGGAACCUCACAUCAACUAGAACAGCUGUCAUAACUUUGACAAAUCUAGCAGGGAACCUCACAUCAACUAGAACAGCUGUCAUAACUUUGACAAAUCUAGCAGGGAACCUCACAUCAACUAGAACAGCUGUCAUAACUUUGACAAAUCUAGCAGGGAAACUCACAUCAACUAGAACAGCUGUCAUAACUUUGACAAAUCGCAGGGAACCUCACAUGCACUGGAGCUGUUUGUCAAUGCAGAUUGCUCACAUUAUUGAUCAAGAGCCUAGACAGCUAACAUCAAGAUGUUUAACAGCAUUCAUCAAGUAGCUUACAUCAAAAGUGGCAUAAAUAACUACAUUAAGACCUGUAGCCUGUUGCAAGUAACUGAGCCAUCAGUAAGACAUAAUAAAAAUAGAGAAAACAUUUCCUAGUAUUUAGGCGACCUUCCUUAAAAUUAUGUGAAAACCCUGAUGGAGUUGGGUUUUUUUCAGUAACCCAGGAAUCCAUACCGGUAAAAAAAAAAAAUAAACAAAUUUUGAAGUGACAAUAAUUUGAUUUAUGAUCGACACAGGGAAAUUCUGAGGUAGAAGUACAAGAAGCAACAACUGGCAUGGUUUUGAUAUAUAUUUUAGAGCUCUUUCAUUUCAGAAUGUGUUCUUAAAACUUAAAGUGGCUUUCCUUUGUAUGAUUUUUUUUGUUUCUUAUACCGGUAUUAAGACUUCAGUGAUGUGCAAUGAGGUGAAUUCAUGACUAAUGUUGUAUCUGGUUUUAUGUAACUUUUACUUUUAAAGUUCUGUCCUGUCCCAUGUGAACAAAAUGCACUCACCAAAUGGACACAAGUAUGGCCAGUAUGAUUUAACUCACAAGUGAUAUAUUUUUAAGUGGUAUGCUUUGUAAAUUUUUACUGCAAUAGUUGAUCUGACAAAAAAUGACUACCCAUGUAAAAUUUUAGUGUCAGAAAUCUGCUUGUGAUUAUCCUUAAACAAGGAUCAACAUUUUAAUGAAUGAAAAAAUGUAAGCCAUUGUUGAUUUAUUCCGGACUAUAUGGUAAUGUUACAAUUUAAACACCCAUGUUUUUAGUUUUGUAUCAUAGCCAUAGUAUUGGUAUAAGUGAAGCCAAUCCUUUUUAUCUUUAAAAGAAAAAAAAAAAAGGUGGACAAGUUAUUUAUUUAUAUCUGUGAAACUAUAACAAUACCGGAUAGUAAAAAUAGUACCGGUAUGUUGUUAUUAAGUUCAUGGUAAUCAUUACAAACAAUGUCAGUUAUUGAACCCCUAUAAUUUAUUAAAACUUCAUUGUAGUUUAUUUUUUAAUAUAAUUUUUUCAGUUGAUUCAUCAUGACAUACAUGGGGGGGGGGGGGGUUUAGAAUAUUAAUAUAGUUCAGGGGCGUGAACAAAAUAUGUGGUUACGAACCGGGUGUGGGGGUGGGGGGUUGAAAAUGCACAUAAUUUUUGUACACCUGAUUAAUUUCAAUAUUUUCAAGCUAGUAUUUUGAAAGAAAAGUCCAUUAUGUUUAAGUGUAGUACUGUAAUUACAUACAUUGCCAACUUAGAGAAGACCUCGUUUGGAAAUAUUCAAUAUGGGUACUAGAUUUCGGUCAUAUAAUUUUUUUUUCUACUGCCCCAAUUAUUUUUGCAAUUUUGUAGGUAAAAGUGACGCCCCUCUUAAUAUAAGGAAAAAAGUUCUGCCCAGUUUGAAAUCACCAUGCUUUGGCACUGCUUGUCUGCCCGGGUUGAAACCACCAUGCUAUGGCACUGCUUGUCCUUGUAGGAUCAUCAUAUUACUAGGGCCUUUUGCACCACUCCACCCACACACAUCAUCUAGGUGUUCUCAACUGUAACAAUUUGAUUUAUAAAUAAAUUGAACUACAGAGGUAUAUAAUUUUGUUUGCCUUCAACAAGUUUCUGGCACUGGAUGAAAAAAAAUCUGCCACUUAAUGCUGUUUAUUUUAAUUUGUCACACAAUCAUAACUUGAAGGGUGAGCCAG